GUCAGUGGGUACGGUACAGGUUCCGUCGUCGGCUAUUCACUUUCAAGCGCAAAGUUGCUUACGAUUCUUGCGGAGAUUUUGGUGUUCGCCUCCGCGUUUUGCACAAGGCUUAUCUUUCCAUCGACAGUCCGUGGAUAGUUACACCUUACGGUCUACAUGGGAUAAACCUGUAACCUCCACCGGGAUGAAUGGUAGGCUAUUUCAUAUAGCUGAUGUUUCAUUAGAAUAUUCUCCUGAAUUUGAAUGUGUUGAGAAACUUGCCAAAUUGACAUCUAAUUUUGAUUCAAUUUUGGGCUAUGACGCUUCUAUCGGUGUUCCACUCCCAACAAAUCAUCGACAGAGUCACAGGAUAAGAUAAAAGGGGCAUUUUGUAAUAAGGGAUCCUGUCAAUCAUAAUCUUUUGGAUUUUCCUCCGCAAAAUGGAUGCCAACGACGGGCUAUCAGAACACCACACGAAUAAGUAUUCACCCAUUUGAACGCCACUUUAAAAGUGGGAACAACGAGGGAUACGUCGAGACGGGGCUACGGUCGGGAAAGGGAAUGAAGAAGCUCUCGGCUGGUGGAGGAGCGUCACUCUGCUGUCUGCUGCUCCUGUGGGUCAUCUACUCCCAUCGCCUGAGAGAGGGCCAGUUGGCUGUGGGCACCUGUGAGAUUGUGAUGCUCAACAGAGACAGCAGCGUGCCAAGAUGCACCAUCGCACGUCAGACUGCCCGCUGUGCCUGCAGGAGAGGCCAGAUCGCUGGCACCACGAAGGCCAGGCCAGCCUGCGUCGAAGUGCGUAUCGUGAGGAGUAGACAGUGGUGUGAGAUGGCGCCCUGCUUGGAGGGAGAGAUGUGUGGCCUCCUCUUCAACCGCUCUGGUUGGACCUGUACCAAAGCCAGUGGCCACAUCAAGACAGUCAUGCCUUUGCCUAAGGAACCAUCGUAAGGAGUUUAGAACACAGUGGGUAGAGAUAACAAAAUGUAUCACGUACAAUUACCAGAGACGGGGAGCAAAAGGGAAAUUGGGUUUUUUUUGCCAAUCAUGGCAGAAGGGGAACAGAGGGCAAUCACCAGGCAAACACAUUUUGUGUCGAUUCGCCAAUUUUUUUCUCAAACCACUACAUACCCUCACUCCACAAAUCAGAGGAGCCCUACUAUGUGACAGUGCACAGAUGUCCGUACUAGCCAAUGAAAGCAACACACCACAGCAUCAUCAUCGGGACCCACAUGCCACGUCACAAACUGAAAUACAAAACCUACUGUAUAUAGCCUGGGUUGUUUCAGCACGGCAAGCAGGAUAUCAUUGGGAGUCUAUGCAUGUGUGAGGAACCCACCAUUUUUCCACCUAUCCCU